GCCAUGGAUUCACAACUUGACGCCCCUGAGAGCAGCGGUACGUUGGGUUGCAGGGGUGUCGCAGUUUGAUUCAGAGCAAUUUCGUAAUCAGCAUCGCUAAAGAAGGAAGUGCAGCCAUGGCGCAGGGGCUCAAAGAAAGGUUUGAAAAGUUUCUCCAUGAGAAGAAUCUCAUGACAGAUGUUCUGGCAAAAAUCGAGGCAAAAACUGGAGUGAGCAGGACGUACAUCGCUCUGGCUGUCAUCGGGAUAAUCGCAGUUUACUUGGUGAUCGGUUACGGAGCCUCCCUACUGUGUAACCUCAUCGGCUUUCUUUAUCCAGCCUACAUAUCGAUUAAGGCCAUUGAAAGUGCCACCAAAGAUGAUGAUACUAAAUGGCUUACCUACUGGGUGGUGUAUGGAGUCUUCAGUGUGGCAGAGUUUUUUGCUGACAUCUUCCUCUCUUGGUUCCCGUUCUACUAUAUCGGAAAGUGUGCCUUCUUGGUGUGGUGCAUGGCUCCAACUCCCUCUAAUGGAUCAGUCCAGAUUUACAACCGCAUCAUUCGACCAUUCUUCCUCAAGAAUGAAGCCAGGAUUGAUGACGCAGUGAAGAAUCUCAAGGACAAAGCAUCAGAAGCUGCUGACAAGUUCAAAGAUGAGGCCAAGAGAGCCACAGCAAACAUCAUCUUUGAGGAGAAGAAGAGCACUUAAGAAGGACACUUCCUGUCCACCGUGUCUCUCUGGAGCCCACUCUGUUCCAGAAGAAAUGUUGCCUUGAAAAUGUUUGUUUAAAAGAGUUCCUGUAAUCUGAUUCUUUAGCCAACCUGUAUUAGAUGUUACACAUGUUACAUGUUUCAAUUAAAGCCAUUUCCCAGGUCAGUUCACUUAUUUAACUUUGCCUUCUGGAGGGCUGUGAGAUGACUGUAUGCUGGCCCUGAUGUGCUUCUCGAACCAAAUAAAAACAAACUUGCUGAA